AUGUCUCUUCACAGUGAAAUGGAGCGUCAGGAGUUGGAAUGUAGAUUUCAGAAUUUGAUGAGGAGCUCCAAUGAAUGCGAAAAAUCCUCACUGAAAGUGCUUCGUGCUGAGUACAAAAAAUUCAUGGAUGAGGACAGGCAGCGUGCGGAACGAAAUGAGAAUCUACUGCAAACCUUGGAUCGUAUUGAUUUCCAGGCGGCGGCUCUGGCCGCCAAAACGGAGCGUUUAAAGUUGCUAAAGACACAGUAUAAAACACUGCUGCUGAAAAAUUGGAACGACACUGGAAGUCGAAUAGUUUCGCAUAGAUCAAAUAUAUCAAGUCCACAGGACUCUGUGCCGAUGAGAUAUGCCAGGACGUCCCCAGUUUACCACUAUCAGGGGCCGAAUUACUGGUCUGAGGCGGAAUGCGGUGCGAAGAGUGCACCACAGAUUCGUGAUAUGGAAAUUCAAACGUCACUUUCCAUGUUUGACAUGGAGCAAUCUUCAUCCGUGAGCUCUUGGGCGGCGUCAGGAGUCUGGCGCGAGAGUCAGGCGCCCCGAGGGGGCAAUCAAGGUGGAAAAUCGUCGAGAGGUGGGGCAAAUCACCUGGAUAACUCCGAGUCUGGUGAAAAAGUAACACCUGAGCUGAAUAAAACGCUUCCCAAUUCCGCAGCAACUUCCACAAUUACAACUUCUAAAUCUGAUUAUUCCACUCCGGCCAUUGAGAGUCACAGUGAGGCGAUCAGUGAGGCGGCGGCGGUGGGUGGGAGGGUAAUGAAUGAGGAUACGCCGAAGACACCCACACCGACUGAGGAGCCACACAAGGAGCCGUUCUAUCUGCGCGAUGUGCCGGAGAGGAGCGCAGAUGAGCAGGAAGUGGAGGAUGGCAGAGGAAUGCCCGAGUGUGACAUACCUGCGAACCGUGAGGGACACGAGGAAGUGGCACAGAAGACAAUUGAUAGUGGACAAGAGAUAAGGGAACAAUUGGGUAAUUUAUCAAGAGAGCCAGCAAAGCCACAUACCUCAUCUCUGCGACAUGCUCUCCUCAAGAACACAAAGCACGAGCUGAUGGGGAGUCGAAGCGGAGGUGACAAGGGUGGCCAGAAGGUCGUUAAGAGAGUGGAAUUUUGUCUAGAUCAAAAUGAAUCACACGAAGACACCAAGAGUCAAUGGAAUGUAGAUGGGAUUAGAGCAACAGCCCCAACCCACCAGUCGGCAGAGAUUGAAGAGGAUACCCAAGAAUACACCGCGGAGGAGAGGCCUUUGAUGUCACCCUAUCAACGCCAGCCCCCGGAGACCUUUGAGGCUCACCAGAUGGAUGACCAAUUCGACGAUGAAUACGAUCCCGAUGAACUCGAGAGUGUGACACAAGAGGAGUCACAUACAGAUGGUAUACAGUUUCAAGAGGACUCUGGCGAAGUGACAGGGGAAAUUCUCGAUGGUCAAAGGGAUUACAUCACUGAGGAUUCUCACACUGAAUUGACUCAACAGACAGCCAAUUACCAACACUAUCCUGACACAGUUCAAGAAACCGAUUCCUAUUACGCGGGCGUUGAGGACAACCUCCAACCGGUGGUUGGUGAGGGUGCAUAUAUUCAAGACGCAUCAUUUGCCGCUCAGGGUGACUACAUGCCUGACAACGUUGAACCUCAGAGCGACUCAUCGUCAACACCGGCGGCGCAAGUGUUGACUCAAGACACAAUGGUGGAGCAGAGCGAAUCAUCCUAUCAACAAUUCAUUAGCCCCGAUGCCACUGCUCAGCCAGACACGUACCUGGACAGCGGUUUCACAGCUCAGGCUGAGUACUUGGGCGCGCCGCAGCAGCAGCAGCAGGAAUUCGGCCCUAAUGAAGUGUACCCGGCCAGUGAGUACCAGUACGAGGGGGCGGCAAUCAAUCAGCAGCCGGCGGAGUAUGUGAACUAUGACGUCACGGGUGCAGCUCAGGAGUACGAUCCCAAUCAGGGCAUGGUGGCUUAUGAGCAGAAUUAUGCGACAUACGACGGACAGGAUGUCCAUUAUCCUGCCGCUGGAACAAUGCAGGAGGGCUACGAGCAGGGUUAUUCAGAUGUAAAUUACGUGGAGGCCGGCGGUGGGGACUAUGCGGGCGCGGACGCGGGACAGGGCUACGAGCAGGGCCGUGAGGGGGUGUACAUGAGUGAGGCGCCGCAGGAGCAAAUUUACCCAAACUUCCAGAACAAUCAAUACGGCCAGCAGGAAGAGCCGGGCGAUUACUACAACUUGAGCGAACAACCAGUGGCAUCUAAUCAAGAGGCCGGCUCUGUGCAAACCCUUCAGGCGGAAAAUGCAAAUCAGGAAGCCACCUCACUCCCCACAACAUACUCCGAUGACUCAGCCACCUUCGCCCCCCAGCAGCCACUGGCCGAGCCCGAGGACACCAAAGUGGCCAAGAGCAACUUCUUGGACAGCAGCAGCAGCAGCGAGUCUGAGAGGAGGCCAAAAGUGAAGUUCGCAGAUGAGGUGCAAAAGGCAGCAGUCAACGAUGAGAGCGACUUUGACUUCUCAUCGCACAGAGAUGAUAAAUAAAAUUAUGUGAACUCGUCCAAUAGACACAAACACCUGUAGACAUUUCAGAAUUCACGCUUCAAUUGCAGCUGCAUCCACAUUGACUUUGUUGCUGAAGCAUUCCCUCUUUUCCUUGACAAUAAAUGGCCAGACA